AUGGAGAAGAACCGGCAAGCUAGCAUUGACCUUUCACACCACCUCUCUGGGGUCGCCAAGGCCCGGACAUCGUCACCCCUCAAGGAUCUUCAAAAAUACUUCGGGAAAGAGGGGAUCAUCAGGUUGGCUGGAGGCCUCCCAAGUCCGGAGUAUUUCCCGUUCGCUUCAAUCACCGCGGAUGCAUUAGUGCCAGACGCGUACUCUUGGACCCCCGACAAUCGUUCUCCUCUUGCAUGGAUAUGGAAUCUCUUUUCGGCGACUAGGGAGAAAACGACGCAAGUCUCCAUCCCGAAGUACCCAAACAAACCAGAGGAUCUGAAUCUGGCGACAGCUUUGCAAUACAGUCUAGCUUCGGGGAUCCCCCAGCUUCAAGAAAUCGUGAAGACAUUCACGACUCAAGUGUACAAACCGGCAUAUACAGACUUCAAGACCUUUGUACACACCGGUAAUACGGACGGUUGGUUCAAAACAGUUGGAACGCUAUGCAAUCCUGGUGAAUGCGUCCUGGCCAGUGAAUGGACUUAUCCUUCUGCUUUAGCGGAGAUGCGUCCUUACGGAGUUCGGCCUGUGCCUGUGCCUAUGGAUGGCCAAGGAAUGAGGGCGGAUGCGUUGCACAAGCUUCUGUCUGAAUGGGAUGCAGACGCUCGUAAAAUGCCCAGUCAGGCCACACGUCAUGUACACGAUCCCAGUUGGUCAGACUGGUGCGACAAUGCAAGGUGCGAGGAAGAGAUCUAUGACAUAUGUGUCAUCUUUGGUGGGUGCGCAACUCAUCUGGCAAGAGCUUUUUCUCAACGGUUUGAAGAUGUUAUAUUUGUGGAGGACGACCCGUACUAUUUUCUCCAACUCGGCCCUUAUAUGGCUCGAGCCGAACGGUCCCCCGCCAGCGUCAACGGCAACGACAACGAGGAAUAUUACUUGUCACAGCUGGUGCCCAGCUACCUAAGGUUCGAUUACGAAGGCCGUGUUAUUCGCCUCGAUACUUUCUCCAAGACUAUCGCACCAGGAUGUCGGCUCGGCUGGUUCACCUGUAAUCCAGUAUUCGCCGAAAAAUUGGAAAGACAGGCAGAAACGUCGACUCAAGCUCCUUGUGGCUUUGGACAGGCCCUCAUCACAACUGUCCUCCUUAACUGGCAAUCGGCGGGAUAUAUACGAUGGCUUAAAGGUCUCAAAGUGCAGUACAAACACAGACGGGAUUUUUUCAUCGAUUGUUUGGCUGAGCAAUUCCAUCUCGAAACCGAGCCAGCCAUUCACGGCAUGUAUGAGGGUUGCGAUGUUUACCAUGCCUCGCAAAGGAGCAGAGUCGAUAAAUCAGGGUAUCUGGCUGAAAAGUCUCACCCCGUAGUACUGUUUUCUUUCGUGCCUCCAGCCUCGGGGAUGUUCGUUUGGUUGAAGAUAAAUUUUGAUAACCACCCUGCAUUGUCAACCCUCGGGCUUGAAGAAUUGGAAAACAAACUCUGGGUAGCUUUGGCGGAGGCUGGAGUACUGUUUGGGCCUGGAAACAUGUUUUCCGCAACUCCGGUAUCGGAAAAGGAAGAGGGUUUUGGUCAUUUCCGCGUGAGCUUUAGUAACGCCAAGCUCGAGGAUUUGAAACGAGCAGUUUCUAUCAUUGCUCAAGUUCUGAAGGCGUUCCAUCAAUUGGAUUAA